AGACUUCAGUUUGGACGGAGCAAACGCACCAUGAGCACGUGCAUGCGAUUGGGAUUCGUGCUUAUUUUUGUUUUCGGUUGGUCGACAGGAGCAGAGAUACUCGCACUUCUCCCGUUCCGUGGAACGAGCCAUUUUUUGGUUUUUGAGCCGUUGCUGGAUGAACUGUCGAGAAGAGGUCAUCAUGUGACAGUCGCCAGUUACUUUCCAAAGACAGAGCCUUUUCCCAACUACACAGCUGUGUCUUUUGUAGACGAGAAAAAUCACCGGCCAUUAAAGGGUUUUUUCGAUUUCAAGCAAUUUAAGUCAGUAAGGCCGUCGGUCCUGACCAACAUGCGACUUAUAUAUGAUUUGGAAGCCGAGUACGACCGGCUUUUCACCCUUCCGGAGUUCAUGGAUCUUCAACAUAGAAAAUUCGACUUGGUGAUCACAGAAUACUUCAAUUCGGAUGUGCAUUUCGGCCUCGUAUAUAAAAUCGGCGCCCCUUACAUUCUUUUGAGCACGUGCCAGCAUUUUCCGUGGCAGUCGUACGCAGCCGGCGACUCGAUCGACCCGUCGUACAUCAGCCACCCAUUCUCGGCCCAUCCGGUUAAAAAGAACUUCCUGGAAAGGCUGCAGAAUACGGUGGAAGUGUUUGGGACCGUGGCCGUCUACGACCAGCUGUUUCGCAGAAAUGAGCAGAUACUGGCCGAAAAGUACCUGGGUCCUUUGCCGAAGUUGAGGGACAUCGCCAACAACGCUUCCGUCUACAUGAUCCACUCGCAUUUCUCCAUCCACGGGCUUAAACCGACUAUGCCCAACUCGGUGCAGAUCGGAGGGAUAACCGUCAAACCCCCUAAACCCCUGCCGCAGGUAUUUUUAAAUUUUCAACUCAAAAUCGCUUAUCGUACAUUCAAAUCAUAGGCACAAACACGAUAU